UUGUAGCUGAUCAUAAAAUUUAUUUUACGAGUUUUUCUAUUGAGUUUCCGAAGCAUUUAUAUUAUUCUACCCUUCAUACUCCCUUAUUUUUUUCCAUGAUGUUUUUUCUUUUGAUGAUAACGAUGAUCUCAGCAGUCAACUGUCUAGAACCCUUAGUAAAAACCGAUAUUAACGAGGAAAUAAAGACCAUAAUCGGCAAGUACGUUCAUAAGAUACCAGAUUUCCAAUCCAAGUAUGUUAUAAACGAAGAACUAUCGAAGAUCAUAAAUCGGUAUUUCAAAGGGAAGAUGACAACAUUCCCGUUGUACAAGAUAAGUUUGUCUAUAGAUAGGAAUCCUGUUAAAAUUCCCUGGACUAUAGACUCCAUUGAUGAGAACCAGGUUGAAGUGAGAAGUAAAGAUGAGAAGGACGUGACUGAUGGCAAGGAGAGGGUUUACAAGGUGUACGUGCCGCCGCAAGUCAGAGCUCGAAAAAGUACGACUGUGAAACCAACUAAACAAACCUCGACUGUUACAACAAGUCCGAAGGCCACCACAACUGACACAACAACCGCUGAAACAACCACUGUCACGAGUCUUACGACAACCACAGUGAAAUAAAACAACAAAUAUUG